AUGCAUUCACGCUUGGAUCUACCCAUCGAAUCCAUACAACAGUGGCCGUCUGCUCUGACAGCUUCUCCUCAUUUAUUGCCUCAAAGAGCCACUUUUCUUGUACGCCGUGGUCUCUUGCAAUUGGAUCCUAAAAAACCGCUGUACACCCCAUUGAGCAAAGUUGUGGAGGGAAGCGAUGCACAAUUUUGUCAAAACUUCGCGCGUGUCGACGAGCAGAAGUACAAUACGUUCUUGAAGACUCUAUGA